AUGCAGCCACUCCUGUUCCUGUUAGCUCUUCUCCCGCCCCUCUGGAUUAGAGCAGAGGUGAUCAUUGGAGGUCAUGAAGCCAAGCCUCACUCACGUCCCUACAUGGCCUUUCUUCAGUUUCUGCAUCAGGAACGCUGGAAGAGGUGUGGCGGUGUACUGGUUCAAGAGGACUUUGUUCUGACAGCAGCUCACUGCUGGGGAAGCUCCAUAAAUGUCACCCUGGGGGCCCACAACAUCAAGAAGAAGGAAAAGACCCAGCAGCAAAUCCCUGUAAAAAGAGCCAUCUGCCACCCAGGCUAUAAUGAGAAGACUUUUUUUAAUGACAUCAUGCUGUUACAGCUGAAGUCAAAGGCCCAACGGACAGCAGCUGUGCUUCCACUCCACCUGCCAGGGAAAAAGGCCCAGGUGAGGCCAGGACAGGUAUGCAGUGUAGCCGGCUGGGGCCAGGUCUCGAUGGGCACUUUGACGACCACACUGCAUGAGGUGGCAUUGACUGUGCAGGGGGAUCAGAAGUGUGAGUCCCUCUUUCCCAAGAAUUACAACAGAGACACCGAGAUCUGUGUGGGGAACCACAAGGAGAAGAAGACUGGUUUUAAGGGGGAUUCCGGGGGCCCCCUUGUGUGUAAAAACAUGGUCCACGGUAUUUUCUCCUAUGGACUCCAAAACGGGACACCUCCUGGAGUUUUCAUGAAGAUCUCACGCUUCCUGCCCUGGAUCAAGAGAACAAUGAAGCGUUCUAAAAAAAGCCCCUUUGGAGUCUCCUGUCCUCAGAGUGAGCUUCCUCUGUGA